CCCGAGUGACGCAGGCGCAGAGCGACUCCGGAGGAGCGGGCCGCCCCCUCCGCGGGUUUAGAUCCGGGUCAGUCAGGCGCGACGAUCGGGGAGAGACGAUCUGAACUGACGAGACUGGCUCACCGGAGCGACCCUGCCGCGAGGAGUAUUAACGGUAACAUCCAUAGUAGUGUAAAAACUUUCACAAUGAAAUCUGAAGCCAAGGAUGGAGAGGAGGAGAGUCUACAAACCGCUUUCAAGAAGUUAAGAGUGGAUGCAUCAGGGUCCAUAGCAUCUCUGUCUGUUGGAGAAGGCACGAGUGUGAGAGCAUCAGUCAGAACAGCAGCAGAUGAUACAAAACUGAAAACCACAUGUGUAUCUAAAGACAGUUGGCACGGGUCUACAAGGAAGUCUUCACGAGGAGCAGUGAGAACCCAGCGUCGUCGACGAUCCAAGUCUCCUGUCCUUCAUCCUCCGAAGUUUAUACAUUGCAGUACAAUAGCUGCUGCUUCCAGCUGCCAGCUCAAGCACAAGAGCCAGACUGACUCCUCUGAUGGCAGCAGCGGGCUGGGAAUUUCACCUCCUAAAGAGUUCAGUACAGGAGAAUGCUCACCUUCUCUCGAUUCUAACCACACAGGGGCGGUUGUCGAGCCUUUGAGAACCUCGGUUCCAAGGCUCCCAUCAGAGAGUAAGGAGGAAGACUCCUCUGAUGUCCCUCAAGUCUCCCAAGCAAGUCUCAAGGCCAAUGAUCUCUCUGACUUUCAGUCUGUUUCCAGGCUAAACCAGGGCAAGCCAUGUACAUGCGUAGGCAAGGAGUGCCAGUGUCAGAGGUGGCAUGAUAUGGAGGUGUAUUCCUUUUCAGGCCUGCAGAACGUCCCUCCCUUGGCCCCAGAGCGAAGAUCCACGCUUGAGGACUACUCUCAGUCGCUUCACACAAGAACUCUGUCUGGCUCUCCCCGCUCCUGUUCUGAGCAAGCCCGGGUCUACGUGGAUGACGUGACCAUCGAGGACCUGUCAGGCUACAUGGAAUAUUACCUGUAUAUUCCCAAGAAAAUGUCCCACAUGGCCGAAAUGAUGUACACCUGAGAGCAGGAAGCUGAUUACUGUGCUUCAAACCAAUGAAGGGUUGUCCGAGAGAUUUAGUUAACGGCAGACCUUCCGGCCACUUGGUGUGAGAAGACAUCUCCUUCUGCUCACUGUGCUUGCAAUAAAAACUUUUCUUGGCAUCUCAGUUAAUUUCAUUCUUUAAACUUACUCUUCUCGAGUUCUUACAUACCCACCAAGGCAAGCAGAUCAGCGAAAAAUCCCUCUCAUUUAGAACAUCCCCGCCCCCAUGUUCCAUGGGGAUGAAGAAAUUGCUUGACUGGUAGCAGUGGGUCUGUGGUGAAAGCCUUUAUAAAACUGCACUUUUUCAGAUCGGUUUAAGAUUUGGGUGCCAAGAACAAUGGAAUGUGGCUUUGAAACUGGACUGCACACUUGUCAUGCUGUAGCUGCCAGCCCAGAAUAUUAGAAGUUACGUGACCGGUUUAAACCAUCUCUGAUUUAACGCAAGAUUUAUUGUGUCUUAAAAGGUUUCCUAUGUUUUUGUUAAGCCAGAGAUCUAAGGUUUAGAUUCAAUAUGAAUAAACUAGCUGGUCUGCCCUA